UUGGAGAUGGGUCUCUUUGUCCGGUUUAUAAGCUGUACAACAAAAUUAUGAAAAACAGAUGUGGCCAGCCAUAUGGUCCUGAAAUGAUUUCUGCGCUAGAAAAAAGUAUUGAAGAGUACAAUACUUCAUGUAAGGACAUCUGUGCUAAACUUGGCUCUACUCCUGAUGGCAAGCAGCAUUUUGUUUGCUGUAUGCUCACCAAUGAUGAAAAGAAUCCUGACUCAUCAUAAGGCUGCAGCAGAAAUAAUGUUCAUUGAUUCAAGUGGUAAUAUGGAUAACAAUAAUGCUCGUGUCUUUGUUAUGGUUGCCCCAAGUCCAGUUUGUGGGCUCCCAGAAGGACUGCUAAUCACCUUUUCUGAGACUGAAAUUGUUGUGGCUGCUGCUCUUCAGCUGUGGACAGAAAUCAUUCCCUCAAAUGCAUUUUGUGGACGGGGUCUGCAAGGGCCAAAAAUCAUUAUGACUGAUGAUUCCACACAUCAGCGCAACAGUCUCCGAGCUGUGUUUCCCUUUGCAAUUUAUCUGCUCUGCAUAUUCCAUGUUCUUCAAGCCAUGUGGAGAUACAUUUGGGAUUCAGAACAUAAAGUAAAGUUCGAAGACAAACCACAUGUGUACUUCCUCUUUCGUGAGAUAUUGUAUGCCUCCUCAAUUGAAGAAUAUGAAUCGCGUUAUGAGGUAGCCUUGUCAGAUCCUAUUUUGGGUGCUUAUGAUAUAGUUUACAAUCACUUUAAGGAUCUAAAAAAUCGGGCAAAUGAAUGGGCCCUGUGCUUCAGACUUGAAUUGCUAACCAGAGGACAUCAUACAAAUAAUUUUUGUGAAGCUAUUAUGAGGCUCAUCAAAGGUUUGAUUCUUGGUCGCCUGAAAGCCUACAAUACUGUGCAACUAUUCCACAUUUUAUGUGAAGAAAUGGAUUCACAUUUCAAGACAAAGCUUGCCUUUGUUGUACAUAAUAGAGUUAAGACAUUGCGAUCAAAAUUUAGAGUGAGACCUGAAAAGUUGAAGCCACUGGUUGCAGAAAACCUUUUUUCUUGUACAGAUUUGUACCAGGUGAAAAAUGUUGCAAAGAAUACAGAGUACACUGUUGAUAUGGCCCUUCAGGUCUGUUCAUGCCCAGUAGGCAUGUGUGGCGCUCCCUGUAAACAUCAACUGGCCGUCUCUCAGAAAUUCAAAAUUAGUCACCACCAGUUUCUUCCUACAAAUGAUCCUGAAUUUAAAAUGAGAUUGUUCUUCUUCAUGACUGGGCAGACAACUGCCCCAGAGGGGCUCUUUAAUACCCUUAAGGGUGGUGACGUGGUCAACCCCACAAUCGAACUACCUAUUUGCCCCCCUUCUGAAGGAAAUCUAGAUGAGAAUAGCACUGAUCAGGAAGAACCUUUUGACCAGUCAUUAAAUGGCAUCCUGAGCCAAAGCAGCCUGGAGGAAAAAAAAGAAAGAAUAAUGAACAUGGCUGAAGAUCUCUUCCAAAAAUUAUCUUCGAGUGCUGACUAUCUUUCUGAACCGGUUGACAAAUUCCUAAAUGCUUAUUUCACUAUUGCCAAGAGGACUGACUAUGAAUCAACUCUUGCGUCUGCUCUUUCAACUUUUUCAAAGGACCAAUCAGUUCUUCAACCAGUUGUGUUUGGUAAGUGCAACAGAAUAAACGUUCAACCCACAGCACCAGGCAGAAGGGUUCAUCAUAGUGGUGGAAAACAAGCCCAACCUGGUGGGAGGCCAAGGAACAGUGUCCUAAACAAUCAUCAUGGUUAUAAUAAACAAACAAAGCGGAAGGCUGAUCCUAAUUCUACGCCGACCUGGGCUCUUCCUCCAAAGAAAAUUGCUAAGGUACCCCAUUCGAUGAGCAAGUGCGUCACAGCUAACUGCCGCUUACCUAAGUAAUGUACGUGACAUUUAUUGUAUGCUAUGCUACAUAAGAGCUUUUGUGAUUGACCCUUAGUGUUUCUAUAGCUUUGACCCUAUUGUUAUCGCUUGUUAUCUAAUUCCUUUUGUUAAGGAAUAUAUAUCAAAUUUUUCGCUUGAUUGUGUUUUUUGAAGUCUAAUGAAGCAUGUUGAGUUAUAGUUCUUUGAAUGUAUCUUUUAUUUACAGGAACAGUUAAGUUCUCUUUGUGUGAUCCUUUGUUUAUGUUUGGUUCUGUCUUUACAUUGUAAUUUAGAAGAUUACAUCAAUAUAAGACUUAUUUACAAACGAUACCAAAAAUAAAUGCAGUUUUUAUGA